UGGCUUAGUGUACUCAUCAUUACUUCCCCCCUCCCCCAAUUUCUCGAGGCCAGACUUCCCCCCCUCCCCCUGAAGUAAUAACUCUAGGUUGUUAGCACUAGUUCUCAAGCAACAGAGCUAGCUAUUCAAUAACUGAAUUUAAUACUCUUGUAAGUAAAUAUAACAAAAAUCGAACUCGUUUCUCUAAACAUUUAAUGCGAAUUUAUGAAAGGCAAAACACCAUUAAACGUAAACCAGUAUUACGAAUCAUCUGAGCAUGAUGAAUCCAAUAUGAGAAACUACCAGCUUUCAAAACUGUGAUUAUCUACCAAUAAAGCCAGCUACUUCUGACUGAAAUCACCAUGCGGUGGCGGUGAGGAUUAUUAACAUCGAUUUAUUACUCAGCCUAGCACUGAAGAACAGUGAUUGCUCAAAGGAGGUGAGUUUGCUACGCCCCGGCAAUCCCCAAUUGGCCAUCGCUAUUGUCAGUCAAGUCUGUCCCUCAGUUGAAGCCAUCCGUCACAGGGCAGGGAACAUCUGUAGGGUAGCAAGACCCUUUCGUAUCUAUCUCUGACGCGAAAUGUGAACCUGAUCUCGUAGUGGUCGGACAUGAGUGUUUCGUUUUUCCCCCAGUUAUUGAAACCGCACGUGUGAAGUUUCAUCACAUCGCGUGUGAGUGCUAAGCCUAAAAUAACAAUAUUAACUAUAGACUGGCAAAAGGAAUUGACUCAAUUUAUUUAUAAUAGUAUCUUGUGUUGCCACAACAACAAAAACAUUAAUUUGCUCAUUUAAGUUUAAACAGGACUGUGUUUGCUGUACUUCUGGUCUCCUAAUGAAGAAAUUGGCUCCUACACAUCCUGGUAAAACACAAUUUUAUUAUAUUUUAUUAAAGAGUGUUGGAAUGAGCCACCAGAGAGCGUUAUAAACAAGUGACGGUGAGGAAGCUGCCAUGACUGCUAUGGUAACGGCAAUGGAAAGACAUGUACAACAAACCAACGAACGUCUUCAGUGUAUUAAAGAGGCUUUAGGGUCACCAGCUGGGUUCCAGAAUGCAGCGAGGGAACUGUUAGAGUGGUGUAGCGAUUCCCGAGCUUUUCAGAAAGUUUUUGAACAGAACCUGAUUAGCUGUUUAACGGUGGUCAACAGGGUAGCUUCCCAGCAGGGUUUUGAUCUUGAUCUUGGCUAUCGACUAUUGGCUGUCUGUGCUGCACAACGAGACAAAUUUACUUCAAAAUCAGCAUCUCUCCUGUCUGUAUGGUGUGAAGACCUUGGUCGAUUGUUGCUUGUGCGACAUCAGAAGACAAGAGAAGUCGACGGUUUACCUGGCAUGCAUCAGCCCCUUCAAAAGACUCUUCCUCCUGGAGUUCAAAGUGAUUCAACUAUGACAGCUAUGGGUUGGCAACAGACACCCCCAACUGGUCAUGGUCCACCUCCUCCUCAUGGUGGCCAUGCUGCCCAACAGCAGGUGUCUGUAGUCACGACAGUUUGGGGGAUGUCGCCUAACACACAGAGUGGUUCUGUAGGUCACAACUCAUACAAUGGCACAAACACAUCAGUAACUCAAGGUCCCUACUCACAAAGUCAACAUGGAUAUCCUGGAGGAAUGCCUCCCAAACCCUAUCCUCCACAGGGCAUGCCUUCUAGACAAACAACACCAGCUUAUAAUGGUUAUGGACCUCCCCCGACAUCUAUGGGUACAAGAGUUGGACCAAACAUGGCAACUGGUGGACCAGAUGCUAAUGGAGAGUACCAAGGGUCCUCAACAGCUCUAAGUGCUGCCACACUAGUAGCAAGAGCAGCAGCUGCUGCCACAGCAACAGCUACUGCCACAGCUAGUGUAGUGGCAUUUCAGGAUCAACAACAACAGGAGACACAGAUGGGUAGUCAAUACCAUAACCAUAUGCAAAGCAUGCCAAGCCAACAGUACCAGCAAGCAUAUGGUCCACCAAGCUCACAGCGAAUGGCUUCAGGACCACCUGUGGGAAAUCUCAUGAAUAACCACAUGGGCAAUAAUGUGGGAGGACCAAUGCCAUCAAUGACAGGUUCUAUAUCUAGCUCCAUGAUCCCCAUAAAUGCUCCUGUUAUGAGUACAGCUAAUAAUAUGAAUUCCCAGAUGGCUAUUAAUGGACCAGUUGGGGUGAAUAAGUCUGGAAUGCAAAGUGUACAACCUAUGGGAGGACCUGGACAGACCAUUUACCCUAUGGCUCCUUCUACUAUGGGACCUCGGAGUCGAUCGGCUCCAUAUCCCAAUCCAUCUCAGUAUAUGAUUCAAAAACGCCAAGCGCAGUACAACAAUUCUAUGACUCAUCAGUAUGGUCCAGGUAUGCAGCAGUAUGGACCUGGCUCUCAACAGUCGUACAACUCAACACAAGGAGUACAAUAUCUAAAACAGCCUCCCCAGUUUCCACCAUCUAUACAACAGCAGCCCCUUCCUUCAAGUGGUUAUCCCCAACAAAUGCGACCAUCUAUGAGACAACAAGCACCUCCAUACCCAUCUCAACAAGAACAGUACUACCCACAGAGCCACAUGAAUGGGAUUCCUCAGCAGACACCAUAUGAACAACAGUAUAAUGGUAAUCAGUACAUGGGACCUCAAAACUUUCAGAGGAACAUGAAUUAUCAACAUUCACCAAUCCCAGGAAAUCCUACACCACCAUUAACACCAGCUUCUAGUAGCAUGCCUCCCUAUAUUUCACCUAAUCCAUGUGACAUAAAACCAUCGUAUCCAGAUAUUAAACCACAAAUACCUCCAACAAAAGACGAUGAACUGAGACUGACAUUCCCUGUUAGAGAUGGGAUUAUUCUGCCACCCUUCAGGCUAGAACAUAACCUUGCUGUUAGUAACCACUUCUUCCAAUUGAAGCCAUCAGUCUACCAAACUCUGAUGUGGAGGUCUGACCUGGAGCUACAACUGAAGUGCUUUCAUCAUGAAGAUCGACAGAUGAAUACAAACUGGCCAGCAUCAGUUCAGGUGUCGGUGAACGCGACUCCAGUACUCAUUGACAGAGGAGAUAACAAGACAUCCCACAAGCCCUUGUACUUGAAAGAUGUGUGCCAGCCAGGUCGCAAUACAAUACAAAUUACUGUCACAGCCUGUUGUUGUUCCCACCUAUUUUUAUUACAUCUCGUCCAUCGACCAACUGUGCGCUCAGUACUUCAGGGACUCCUACGCAACAGGCUUCUUCCAGCUGAACAUUGUAUUUCUAAAAUUAAGCGAAACUUUAACACUGUAGCAGCAACAAAUAGUGUAAUGAAUGGUGAAGAUAGUGUAGAACAGACAGCUGUCAAAGUCUCACUCAAAUGUCCAAUUACCUUUAAAAGAGUAACUUUGCCUGCAAGAGGACAAGACUGUAAGCACAUACAGUGUUUUGACCUUGAAUCAUACCUCCAGCUGAACUGUGAAAGAGGAGUCUGGAGAUGUCCAGUAUGCAAUAAAACAGCAUACCUGGAAGGCCUGGAAGUUGAUCAGUAUAUAUGGGCCAUCUUAACAAAUCUUAACAAUUCUGAGGUAGAUGAGGUAACAAUGGAAGCCUCUGCUAAUUGGAAGCCCAUUUCUUUAAAGCUAGAGCAUGAUCAAGUAGAUCAAUGUGCAGCUCAGAAGAAAUUCAAAGCUAUGUCUCCUGGUAGUAUGACAAUGCCAACAACAAGUACAUGGGAAAUGGGACAAGCAUUGUCUCCAUAUUCUGCCAUGCCUCCUCCAGAUAUGCAGUCUAUAGCCAAUGGACCAGUUCCAAAUGGCCCCAAUUUUCCAAAUAGCAUGAAUUAUAGAGGAAUGAAUGGAAGUUAUGACUUUUCUUCAGAUUUUGGAAAUCCACUUUCUCACCUUAACAGUAGUGUUGCAUCUUUAGACCCUCUUGCUGCAAUGGAAAAAACCCUGAACCAGCAAAUGUGUCCUCCUAGUAUGCAUGAUCAAAGUAACCAACAGAUGCUUCAGCCACCCACUUCUGCUUCUGUUCUUGGAACCAGCCAAGCUCAGCAGUCAUCCAAUCACCAACAGAAUGCACCACCCACCCCCUCAUCUACACAGAGCCAAGGCAUGAUGCAGCAUGGUCCCCACACUCCACAUACACCUCAUACUCCUCACACUCCUGGUAAUGGAGGGCCUCCAAGCAUUCCUCCACCAUCAUCUGUUGGUCCUCACGGGAACAGUACUGAAGGGAAUAGCAACAGCAGCAAUUCCAAUCCAGCCAAUAGUCAGCCUUCAUCAGUGACCAAUGAUAAUCCACUUUCUCAUGCCACCGAUCUAAGUGACCUCAACUUUGACCCUGCUGCUGUCAUAGAUGGUGAAGGUCAAGGUCAGGAAGGACUUAAUUUGCUACCAGAAAAUGUAGUGGACCCUAUGGAGUUGUUGUCCUAUCUUGACCCCCCUGGGCUUAGUGGAAACGUAAGUACAACAACAGGAACCACAACAGCAGCUAACAGCAACACUACAAUGUCCACCUCAAAUAGCACAAGUGAUGAUAUUCUGGCAUUUUUUGAUUCCUAGGCAUGUUGUCAGAAGUGUUGCAAACUCUUUCUUUUGAUUUUCAUGUAUGUUGGAAGUUAAAGAAAAAAAAAUCUAUAUAAGGACAUCAUAUACACAUGAGCUCGAAGUACAUCCUUUUAUGAUAUGGGGAUUGGAAUUAUUAGCAGUAUUUACAUUAAAAAAAGAGCCAGUGUUUAAAUGAACAAGGAUGACCAAACAUCUGAGACUGAGUUCCUAAUGGUACUAUUGAACUCCAGUAGACUUGCUGGUUAGAGCUCGUGUUGUUGAUCUUCAGGUCUACAUCUUUUCUUAAAUUGUGUUUCUGAACAGUGCAGAACACAAGAAGGGAAAUACUGUAAUCAGGACGGAAUAAGCAAAAACUUUGAUAGACAGAUUUGUGAUUAUUGUGUGUGUGUGAAUUUCUAACCUAAAAGAUUUUAUAAAACAAAGUGUUAUGCAAAGUUAAAGAUAUGCAGAAGUUGUAAAAGAAGAGGGUUUUAUGUAAAGGAGAGGUUGUUGUGUAAAAAAAAAGAAGCAAAAAAAUGGGUACUUAUUAAAAGAAAUUUCUUUUUGUGUAAUGAGAAAUGUGUGUUAUGUAAAUGUGGAUGAGGCUUUUAACAGGUUCAAGACAACUGCUUUGUAUUAUACGUAUAUGUAUGUGUAUGUAUAAAGAUAUACAUACAAAAAUGUAUGUAUACAUGUUUGUAUAUGUAUAAAAACUUGCACAUACGUAUAACUUAUCACAGUGUCAUGUAUUGUGGUACUUGUUUUUCUGUUUCUGGCUGUCUAUUUAUUCAUUGUAUAUCUGUGUGAGAAAGUUUCAAAAUUAAUCAGCAACAUUGUUCAUGCAAUCUCAAGUAUGCAUUUCAUGUUUAUUGUAUUUGUUCUUGCAUCUGUUGCAUUAAUUUGUUAUAAUCCACUGUACUGCUGCAUAAUUUAGGCCAAAGAGAACUUGAAGCAAGGUCAAUCUUCACUUCCAGUUGUCCAUUAACUUCAUUCAUUGUUAAUGUUGCAUAUGUCUCACUCUUAAUGAAUGUUUACUCUAAAAAUGGCAAGAGUGAAAAGUGCAAUUCCAUAUGACCUUUUUUGCUUUAUAUAUAUAAUUUUGUAAGGUCAAAACUGUCCAAUUGAUUUUUGACCCUCUUAAUUUUCACAUUUCAAAUUACAAUGACUCAAGAUAAGCAGGCCUGAUGUGAAAAGGAAAAAUCAUUUUGUUGUGACAAGUUUAUAAUUGCCAUGCCAGACAAAAUGUAUAUAGUGUAGGAAAUUCUGUAUAGAUUCACCUUGUUCAUAAUUUUACCAUUCUAUUUUCUAUCUCAGUGUUCAUAACUUUUCCCUUCUUAUUUGCUUUAGUCAGUAUGAUUGUGCUGAUUUGCUCAAUCCAUUUUAUACAACUUUAUUUAACAUUUUUGUAAGCUUCACUGUUAUUAUCUUGAAUUUAACAUAUUAUUCUAUGGCUCUAAAAUCAUAACCAGACUAAUUCAAAAUAUAUAUAAUAUUUUGAUUUGUAAAGUCUGUAUAUUUUUUGCAGUACAGUCUAUUUUGUAUUAAGUUUGAAAUGUUUUCGCACAACAUUAGAAGCUGUUUUUCUAUGAACCUAAGUGGAAACAAUUUAUUUAAGAAUCAAUUUAUAAUCAUGAGGUAUGCAGCUUCUCACACCUAUAUCGAACCAUCUAUUUUAUUUUUUAUUGUUCUUUCCUGCUUGUGUAGAUAUGCAUAUUUAUACAAUAAAGAUUUUAUGUUACAACAAACCUGACUUAACCUAGAAUUUUUAAGCAUUAUUUUCAUUGCUAGCCGAUUACUUGCCCCUAAGCUACUUAGACAAAUAGUUAA